CCCCUUGGUCGAGCUUAAGAUCACGAGAGAGAAAACCUAGACAAGAAAAAAAAGAGAGGAGAGAGACUGGAGAGAGGUAAACGAACCUUGAUUUGCGUGGAAAGCUGAACUGAAAAAGAGGCAGCAUUAGCUGCGACAGCAGACAAGCGCGUUUGCUGCAAAAAUUCCUUAAUCGCUUAAACAUCGAUGACCUUUGAUCUUCUUGGAUCGAUUCGAUUAUCUGAGGAACACAAAGUAAGUUCUUCGUAGCUUAAAUUCAGAUUUUUGAGGCGAUCGAGCUUGGUUUUAGCUCUAGAUUCGACAAUUUCGGAACGCCGUGUCGAUCGAGCUUGGUUUGGAUAGAACUGGAGGAUUUUUGAGCUUUGUUGAGAAGAAACGAUGAGUCUUGAGCAUAUUCUAGCAGAUUCUGGGAUUUUUCCUGUGGACUUGCGGUUCCUCUACGUGUAAACUUAAAAUAGAAGCUUAACCGUUGCUCAAGCUAAAGGAUUAGAAGGGGUAGAUCUGGUUCUUGAAGCAUCGGUUCAUUUUUACUUGAUCAGCGUUAAAGAUCUUACAGCUUUGUGCAUUUAAUGCUGGCGUUUAAAGGAUUUCUUUGGGAGUCUUACUGUUUAAUGAGCCGCACCUGAGUUACACAGUCCUCCUCCCAUUAUUAUUUUGAGACUGCAAUAAUAUCGAACUUUACGCUUUAUAACGGGUUGAUUAUAGAAGCCCCAGUUCUACCAAAAAAUUAUAGAAGUCCCAGGGUUGAAGGGUAAAAUACCUGGGGAGAUGUGGGGCUUCUGAGUACCGUACCUGUAUGGUUGGUGAGAAGAUUAAAAGCUCGCGGUCAUAUUCCCUUCGACACAAGUUUCUCCAUGUGGUAUGUAUGUGUGAAAAAUUCUCUCCCAAUACAGGAAUGGGGUAGUUGGAGAGAUUGAUCUGGCGAUUUGGUUCGGAGACCUUUCUGUACUGUUGGAUUGAGCUGAAUCACCUAUUUCGUGUCUGUUUUCUGAGAGACUCUUGUAGAUCGACUGCUUGUGAGGAUCUUAUCUUCGAGUAUCAUGGCAAUGGCUUCAUCAAAUCCUUCCCCUGGAGGACCCAACUCAGGGGCCUUUGGUGAUGUUUUGUACAAGGAACUCUGGCAUGCCUGUGCUGGUCCUUUGGUCACUGUACCUCGCGAAGGGGAACGGGUUUAUUAUUUCCCCCAGGGUCAUAUGGAACAGCUUGAGGCAUCAACACAUCAACGCCCAGACCAGCUGAUGCCAUCAUUCAACCUUCCCUCAAAAAUUCUCUGCAAAGUUGUUCAUGUGCAGCUCAGGGCUGAACCAGAAACUGAUGAAGUUUAUGCACAGAUCACUCUCCUCCCUGAACUAGAUCAAAGUGAGGUUACCAGUCCUGAUCCGCCACUUCCAGAACCUCCAACAUAUUCCGUUCAUUCAUUUUGCAAGACACUUACUGCUUCUGACACAAGCACCCAUGGGGGAUUCUCUGUCCUUAGAAGGCAUGCUGAUGAUUGCCUGCCACCGUUGGAUAUGUCCCAGCAUCCACCUUGGCAAGAAUUGGUUGCAACAGAUCUGCAUGGAAAUGAAUGGCAUUUUCGUCACAUUUUCCGAGGGAAACCUCGGCGUCACUUACUUACAACUGGAUGGAGUGUCUUUGUCAGUUCCAAGAGACUGGUAGCUGGCGAUGCUUUUAUAUUCCUUAGAGGUGAAAAUGGAGAGCUGCGUGUUGGAGUAAGGAGACUCAUGAGGCAGCUGAAUAAUAUGCCAUCAUCUGUAAUUUCCAGUCACAGCAUGCAUCUGGGGGUGCUUGCUACCGCAUCUCAUGCCAUAGCAACUGGAACCCUCUUCUCUGUUUUCUAUAAGCCAAGGACUAGUCGCUCUGAGUUUAUUAUUAGUAUUAACAAGUGCCUUGAAGCACGGAACCACAAGUUAUCUGUUGGGAUGAGGUUUAAAAUGAGAUUUGAGGGUGAGGAAGCUCCUGAAAGAAGGUUCAGUGGUACUAUUGUUGGUGUUGGAGAGGCUGCAUCUUCACGGUGGGCAGAUUCUGAGUGGCGAUCGUUGAAGGUUCAAUGGGAUGAACCAUCAUCAAUUCCACGGCCAGAUAGAGUUUCACCAUGGGAAUUGGAGCCACUAGUGGCAGCUGCUUCUUCAAACUCUCAACCAGUGCAUAGGAACAAACGUGCACGGCCUCCGGUUUUACCUUCACAAACUCCAGACAUUCCAGUAUUUGGUACGUGGAAACCCAAUGUUGAGCCUUCCUCAACUUUCUCAUAUUCUGGGUUACAAAAUGGGCGUGACCUGUAUCCGUCACCCAAUACUAGCUCGCUCUUUUCCUCAGUUACAAAGGCAGACUCUCUUGGAUUCAGUGGAAAUAAUUCUCAGGCUGCAGUUUCCAGCAAUCCGAUGUACUGGCCUAGCCGUGCAGAAACUCCAAGUGAUUCUUUAACUGCAAUUCCUAAUAGGGAUUCCGGAGAAAGGCGACCAGAAAGUGGUAGUGGUUACCGGCUGUUUGGGAUCCAGUUAGUUGGCAACUCCACUUUAGAGGAGACUUCACCAGUGGUAACUUUGUAUGGUGGAGUGGCAGAGGAUCAACCAGCUCCUUCCCUGGAUGUAGACUCUGAUCGGCAAUCUCAACCAUCAAAUAUCGAUCGUUCUGAUAUACCUGCAGUGAGCAGUGAGCCUGAGAAAUCAUGCUUGAGAACUCCACAAGAAAUGCAGAGCAGGCAAACUCGGAGUUGUACGAAGGUUCACAUGCAAGGAAUGGCUGUUGGGAGGGCUGUUGACUUGACAUUAUUCGACUGCUAUGAAGACCUGCUGUCGAAACUUGAGGAAAUGUUUAACAUUGAAGGAGAACUAUCUGGACCCACAAGGAAAUGGCAGGUUAUCUACACAGAUGAUGAGGAUGACAUGAUGAUGGUUGGGGAUGAUCCAUGGCACGAGUUCUGUAGCAUGGUGAGGAAGAUCUUCAUUUACAUGGCAGAUGAAGUUAAGAAAUUGUCACCGAAGACUAAGCUUUCAGUCAGUGGAGAGGCCAAACUGGGCAAACCAGACUCUGAAGUGGUAGUUAACGGUACAGAGGAUUGAUCAUCCAUUGUUGGGCCGGAUUCCUGAAGUGCUACUCAAUUGUCACGCAAGCAGAAAGUGGUGUAUUUCGGGGAGGGGAAAAAAAAAGGAGAUGGGGAGUUGGGGACUGGGGAGAGGGAGAGGAGCUGUCUGUCCUUUCUGUUCCUUUUCUUUUGGGGACGCUUUGUAGUAAUGGCAUGUGAAGAUUGGCCUUUAUUGGGUGUCUAUGCAUGUUAUGGAAUUGGUGGGUUCCGGGUUUGGAUGGGUUGGGUUCUGCCUGUUGUAUCUACACACGCUGUUUCCACUUUCCUUAAGGUGUUUUCUCUUUUUUUCGUUUCCUUCUCAAAUAUAUUUUACAUUUUUUUA